AUGUCUGCUGCAGCAAAACAGCGUCUUCAGGCCCUCAGCAAGCAACUUGUCGAGGGCAUCCCUUUCGAGGGUACAUUCGAGGACAUCCCCAAGAUUCGCCAUGUUGCUGGCGAUUCGGCAGGACUCCGGACAAAGGACAAGGUUGUUAUCGUGACAGGCGCAAAUUCACCCAACGGGAUUGGUCGGGCCAGCGCACACCAAUUCGCCAACAAUGGCGCCAAAGCAGUUUAUAUCUGCGAUUACAGCGAUACUCACUUGGCAACUCACAAGCGCGAGAUGGAGUCCCUUUAUCCAAACACAGAUGUACACAUACGGUCAUUUGAUGCGGCAGAUGAAAAGGCUCUGACAGCAGUCAUCGAUGAAGCAGUAGCCAAAUACGGCCGACUGGACAUCUUCUUUGCCAACGCAGGCAUCGUCGGCCAGCCCAAGCUCUUCACUGAUAUUGAUGGCGAUGGAUUCAUGAAAACCAUGCGAACAAAUGCACUCGGCGUCUUCUUAGCAGCCAAACACGCAGCCCCGGCAAUGAAAAUCACAUCCUCGACGAAGCCUUACCCAAGCGGCUCAAUUAUCGGCACAGCAUCGGUAGCUGGUCUCCGCUCAAAUGCCGGCUCAACGGACUACUCAGCCUCAAAAGCAGCAGUAGUCUCAAUCGCCCAAACAGUCUCGUACCAACUUGCCGGAACGGGUAUCCGCAUCAACGCCAUCUGUCCCGGCUUGAUCGAAACAGGCAUGACCCAAACUGUAUUUGAUCGGGCACGGGAACGCGGCACUGAGCGGAAGAUUGGACAGUUGAAUCCCAUGCAGCGGGGUGCUGUUGCUGAUGAGGUUGCUCGUGUUGCGCUGUUCCUUGGGUCUGACGAGGCUUCCUAUGUUAAUGGACAGGCUUGGGCCGUUUGUGGUGGGUUGAGUGCUGGACAUCCUGUGGUUCCCGGGAAACUUGCAUAA